AUGGUUAACAAGAGAUUCCUUAAUAGAUGCCUAUCAGAAAAAGUGGAGCUGGAAAAAUACCCUAGUGCUUACAUAUCGUCAGAUCCCGUUGUUCCCGUUGUUGGUAACCGCUAUAUGAGAGAUCCAAAGCAGCAAGAGGACGACGGACUGGAGCAGGCUAUCCGAGUUUUAAGCAAGCUAUUGAUUCUUCCCUGGCCAAGUGGUGAAAGUCCAUUCAUUUAUAUAGAAGCUCCUCGAAAACCAGUAACUUAUAACUUUCCUGAAAUAAACACAAGUGACGAAGAGCAAACCGAAGAAAACAAUGACGUAGGUCCAGCUCCAUCUAAACGAAUGAGGUACUAUAGAAAAUAUCCCUGGAAAAGAGAGAACUUGGGAUACGAUCCAGAAAACCCCUUCGUUUGCUACCCUUCUAAAUCAGAAAUUCACCGUCUAUUGGUAGCUCUUCGUGAGGACCGCUACACCGACUACAAAAACGCUCCAGUAGAUUUUUGUAACCGAAAACGACCGGCGCACACUAUUUUAACCAAUAUUCAUUUUGGUGGUUAA